GAAUAGCCCAUCAGAUUUUAUAGAAAAGAUAAUUUAUUAAUUUGGUAUAAUUAUUUUGGAAAAUUACCAAAAACACUGACAGUAUAAAUAUUUGUCGAUUUGAAGUGAUAGUGGAGAUCUAAUCAUUUUCCCUUUCAUUCAAUAAAACAUGAUCUCUUCAUUUAGUAUAACAGUUUUAUUUGUUACCUGUUUAUUCUCAAACUUGAAUGGAUUCCCUACAGAUGAAUACGCUUCGAAUACAUACCCUGCAGAGACAUGUCUUGAACCAAUCAAAACAGGUCCAUGUGUAGCUCAUUUUAUAGCGUAUGCCUACAGUGUACAACUGAAUCGUUGUGUACCAUUCUUAUACGGUGGAUGUUUGGGAACCAGAAAUCGAUUCGAUACAGAAUACGAUUGUAUGGAAACCUGUGCACCAUAUUUAAAUCGUGAUAAAUAUACAAAUAAUAAACAAUUUAAUAAUUGACCAUUUCAAUGUUACACUGAUCCUGACGCAACUUAAUUGGUCAUCUUUCAAUAAAUAAAAUAUUGUUUUCUCUC